UUAUGGAACCCUCAAAAGAGAAUUGCUCUGAUGAGUUUGGCAGAGGUGCUUCAAUGGGACUUGAACUGAAGGAAAAGGAGUUGUGGAGUGCACUUGAUGAAGAUUACGACACAGAGGAGACUGUGAAUGGAGAGUUCAGUUGCAGCAGAAUUCAGCAGGGAGAGCUACACCUUUGGCCUGUGGAAAAUGACCAGUGGGCUGGAGCAGAAACUCGAAAACCUGAAGCAGGGCUUGGAUCAGAACUCUUCCCAAGUUUUGGAGAAAAGUCGUGGGCAAAUGAAGAAAACCUAGAGGUGAGCCAUGAAUUCUGGGAAUCUGAAGCCAAUGAUGAAUUAGCAGAUAGUGAGUCUCAUCCCUCUGCUCAAAGAAUAUGUGAAGAUAGCUUUAAUGAUGAACGAAUAGGACAUAAUAAUUAUCCACCAUCUGAGAAACAAAAAAUAGUUGUUUCUGGUAGGGUAAAGGAAAAUCUUACUGAGCAAUCUGAGCAGACACAUAAAGAAAAGCUACACUUUCAACAGGAAGAAAACAUGGAAAAUCCAGACAUGGGAAAUGGAGAAACAGAGCAUUUUACUAGAAACAUAAGGAUUGAAGUUGAAAAUCUGCAAAGCCCAGAGCUGGAGAAGCCUGUAGAACACCGACCUGUUGAUAGUGUGAUUCAUGAAACACAGAAAACCGAGACAUUCUUAAAAAAUUAUGUCAAAGAUGUAUUAUUUGUGGAACAAGAUGAUAAAGAAUUAGACAGACAAAUAGAUAGACUCUGCACAUCUUCAUUUACAAAGUGUGCCCAAACUAAUGAGCUGGAACCUCUACAAUACCAAGAAGAAUCUUUUUAUAGUCACAGCAACAAUGUACUAAGGGACCAAAUCGAAGCCACAUUUGCACCCAAGACUGAAGCAAGAAGAGAACCGGCCACAAACCUUGAGGAACAUCAAUCCUGCACAGUUGACAUGUCAAACUUAACCACUGAAAAGAACUUGGCUGAUAGUUCUCACCUCAUAUCAAUGUAUCGAGAUAAUCUCAGUACUGAAAAUAGUAGACACGAUGUUGAAAGUAAUCACUGUCCUGCCAUAAACAGUAAAGCACAAGAUGAGGUAUUUUUUGAAAAAGAACGAUCAGAUUCUCCAUCCUGCCCAAGUCUCACCAUUAGCAGUGAUCCAGAGCCAUGUUCCAUUCACAGUAGCAAUGUUCAGUGUUCAACCCCUGCACUGAUUUCAAUGGAGUUAUCAGAAUGUGCUAUUUCUCCACAUGCCGAAGUAGAGAAAUGCAAAAGCCCAAGUAGUUUUCCAAAUACAGUACACCACAUAGAAAUCAAGACUGGUACAAAUCAGUUGUGUGCCAAAGAAAAGACAUCUACAAAAGAACAUGAGGAGCAGUCAGACAGUUAUGAUGAUAGUAAUGGUUUGGAUGAGUCUCUUGAAGAACUUACCAACAGUACCACCACUCACAACAAAGGGAUCACUGCAAAUUUGGGCCAGAAAGUGCACAUGUCUCUCAUGGAAGAAAAUCACACUCACCUGGAAUCCAACAAUGUACGGAUGGACGACAGAAAUAGCCUGACCCAGAAAGUGGCCCAUUCACCUCUCUCGCAAUGCUCACUGAACUCCAUUCCUGAGUUGUUGAUCUCUGAGUGGAAGGACUUGGAUGAGGAACCGCUGGAGGAUUUUGAAAAACUGGAGCAGCUGUGCUGUAUUUCUGGGGAUGAAGAUACCCUUGGGGAUCUGUUUUUAGGAAACUUAGAACUGCUUGAAUCAUUGAAGAGAACCCCAGAGCAAAGAUCAAGUGGUGCUGGUGGCACAAAAAUCCAAGAUGACUCAGCAGUUACAGAGGGAAAGACAAAAGUGGAGCUAAAAGAGGAAGCUGGCGGGAUAUCAAAACGUUCCACAACUGUCUUAGAAAACUCAGAGCAAUAUGAAAACAUUUCUCCAAAUUUCCCAGAAAAUCAACUGUCUCUGGAUAAGAGAACAGGCCAACAUAUGCCAACAGCCCUCUCACCGUGCCAUUCCGCCGACAGCUCCAAACGACAGAGGUCACUAUCGAAAAUGCAGACAAAAAAUGGACUGAUGAUGCAGGUUUGUGAGGAGAGGCUUCAGUAUUCUCUUAGUGAAAAUGUUAAAACCAACGUACUAUGGGGGUCUACAGUAAGUGACAGUGUAAUUAUACACCCUUGGGGAGCUUCCACCACUUCAUCUCCUGAAGAAAGUGCUGUAAGCAGAGACACAGAGGACAAAGAGAGCAAAGAGGAGACCCCUCCCUCCUCUCCUUCAGUGUCUGUGAGUGAACCCGCUGAAACACAGACAGAAGAACUGACUGUGCUUGAACAGCCCGAGGUUACUCCCUCUCUCCCAGCUGCAAACCAAGCAAUGAAAGCUAAGCUGGCCCGUCUCUCUUUAUCCCUCCCGCCACUCGCUCUCUCUCUUCCACUCUCACCUAAUCCCAAAGGAGGAUUCUGGGAAGGAGGAGAGCACAGAGGGGGAAGAAGGAGGGGUGCAUCCACAGGCGGUGAUCCAGAAGAAGAAGAUGAAGAAGAGGAACAGGAAGACGAGUCUCCCAGGCGCGUCAUCGUUGUCACGGAAACGGAUGUGGACAAGAGAGUGGGUUUGCGUAGCUUGCUGAAAUCGCCAAAAGAGCCAGUGGACAAAGACAACCGUGAUCGUGGGAGGAACGUGUCAUUUUUUGAUGAUGUCACAGUGUAUCUUUUCGAUCAGGAAACUCCAACCAAUGAACUAAGCUCUGGAUCUGCUGCUUCAUCACCCCAUGGAAAGCCCCCCAACACUGAUGGUUUUGGAGCAGGCAGCCACAAGGCAGCAAAGAGUAAAGACCAUAUGGUAAAACCAAGAUCUCCAACUGGAGUUACAUCUAGCAUGUCAUCAAGGUUUACAGUCAGCCCUGCAGAUGACCCACAUUUAGUGUGACAUACCACUGCUACCCAAACACCUGGACAAAAUUGAUCCCAAAGGAGUGAAUGAGUGACCCCUGUUGUCAUCGGUAACUAUGACGACUCCUGAAGGUUAUUUUUUUAACUAUGGAAUAAGAAAGGACUCCCGUUUCAGAAGGCUGGAGGCAGUCCAGGUUUUACAUACUGCAGCAACUGGAGGGAAGAACCCAUGCCACAUACAGAACAUACCUUCCAAACAGCCAAAAACAAUGGAGUUGUGUAAAAUCUGACGUGUACUUUUCGGCUAUGCAAUGGGAGUCUUAUUAUGUACCAGCUUAACUGUUCUAUUUUCAUGGCUUCUUAAAGUACAUUUGUAUUUUAUUCCCCUCAAAUGAAGGGGCGCACUUUCUCUGACCAGUAGCUGUCUAUUUGUGAGCUUAGAAUUAUUGACAUUGUAAAUUUGUUUUCAUUGCAGUCAGACAUUCUUGUAGUUUGUGGUUGAGGGGGAACUGAAAAUCUCUCAAAAUCAUGGCGGUGCAGUUGUCACUAUUUGUACAAACUAAAAUCGCAACAAUACAACACAAACUCAUUUUAAAACCAAUUAUUUCAAAUGUAUAUUAAGAGUGCACGAAAAAUAAAACUGCAACUGUUAUGUUUUAUACUGUAUUUUUAUUGCAAAUGUUAUUUAUUUCUGUAUGUCUAAUUUGUUUACUUAUUUAUUUACCUUUUUAUAUUUUGUUUGUUUGUUGGCCAAAUUCACUUUAUAACUUAAUUUUUAUUUAUUUAUUUGGAUUAAUGGCAUCUGCCAAUGAAUCCUAUUACUGCCUCAACAAACAUAUAUUCAUGCAUAGGUAAAAUUUAAAACCUUAAAAUAUUUUCUCUUAUUUAGCUAUUUCUAGAUGUCAGUCUGUAUCUAAUUGUCCUAAAAUGUGUCUCUACGCAGGUGUUAUUUUCUAAUAAUGUGUUUGACAUUAGCAUUUUCUUUACUCAUUUUUAAAGCAGUCAUUGUUGCUUGGCAUGAAAAAAGAAAGUAGCAUACAUGACUAUUAGUUGACUUACCUAUUGAUUCAUCAUCAUUUUUCAAUCUUACCAUCCAUGCAAAUGUCUGAGGUAACGACGAUAAUCUGUUACGUAACGUUCAGCAUCUGUUUCAUUUGGAAGUUUCAUAUUAUCCUGUAAAAAGCCGAGGGAGUAAAAAUAACAUGGAAACUGUGAAACAUUUAU